AUGUCAGACCUUGUCAACGACAUAAACGGCUUCAUCAGUGAGCACAAUGUCAGAAGAGGAGCACCACCUUCACAACAUCCCUUCACUCCUACACCAAGGUACUAUGCUGCAACAUUGAUGUUUUCAGACGAAGGUGCAAAUAGCCCUCCUACCCAAAGUGUCAGCAUGUCGAACGCCAGUAGCUCGACGUACAUGUCGUCCUGCUUUGACAUCCCAACUCCUCAAACCUCUUCCACUCACACUGCCCCUCCUCCCCCUGCUUCUAUCCCAUACCAACAGUACUCGGUACCUUCUUCACCUCUCGUAUGCGAAUUCGAACGCUAUGCAGGGUGCAAUGCAACGUUCGAUCCCAAUGAUGAGGCUGGAUGGAUCGAGCACAUCGUGACUUUCCACAUUGGCAAUGCAUUUCCUUCAUUUAGCGCAUCUGCAUAUAGCCCACCCAACCCUGGAGCAUGCUACCGACAACGAAUGCACCAUAUCGCAAAGCACUUCCGGAGAGGCGUGACGGGGAGACAGAUUCGUCCAGACUUCUCCUUCCUCGACCAUGCUUACAACUAUCGUCUGAUCGAUGAGGAGACAUUCCAACGAGAAAAGAUGUUACAUGAGGCUCCUCAGCUGUCGGGUUUGCAUCCUGCUGGUUGGAGACCUGAGCAGGGGUCAUUGCAAGGUCAAGUAGAGAUAAGUCGGUCACAUCGUCGGGGGUCGUCAACUCGAAAUCGUGCAUCGCAGAGAUACUAUGAUUGA